AUGUCUGUCUCACAGCUUUUGAAAGCUCACUUCAAUGAAUACCUGGCGGCGCUGGCUGUAUCUUCUGCACUGUUCAUGGUUAUACUAUGUAUGAGCUGGAGUUCUCCAGCUCUUCCGAAGCUAUUGGCGGAGGAUUCACCUAUUCCGAUCACCGCUGAUGACGGAUCCUGGAUAGUGGCGAUGAUUUCGAUAGGACUGACCCUGGGACCGUUUGUAACGGCGAAGGCAGCCGAUGGGAUCGGUAGAAAGCGCACCCUGCUGUGUGCUGCCAUUCCCGUAACGACAGGAUGGCUAUUGAUGGCGUUUGGCAACUCGGUUGGAUACUUGUACUUGGCACGAUUUUUGUUUGGAUUAUCUUCCGGGAUGGUAUUUUCAGUGAAACCUUUGUAUCUUGGCGAAAGCUGCUCGCAAAAUAUCCGUGGUUCAGCAGUGGUGUUAUGCGAUGUAUGUAGCAAGCUGGCAGUCAUCGUAAUGUACGGGAUUGGCCCGCACGUUGAAUUCAGAACUCUUGCUUGGAUUGGCAUGAUUGGUCCGAUCGUAUUUGUUCUUUCCUUCAUGUGGAUGCCCGAGUCUCCACAUUUUCUGCUGAGUAAAGGAAAAUUCAAGGAAGCUGAGAGUAGUUUAGCGUGGCUUCGCCGUUCCAGCAAUGUGACCAAGGAACUCGAAGCGAUGAAAGAAUUUGUGCAACGUUCCAAACAUGAAAGCGGUUCAUUCUGGCGAAUGUUCGCUCCUGCUUAUCGCAAAAAUAUACGCAUCGUGUGGAUUCUACUGUUUGGCAUGAGCUUUACUGGUGUGUUCAUGAUCAUGGCAUAUGCUCAAACGAUCUUCAUACAAAUAUCAAGUGACAUUAAGCCCUCAGCGAUGUCGCUGAUCUUCGGAAUCAUCCAAACAUUGUCUUCAGCACUCGCAGCAUUGACCAUCGAUCGAGUGGGACGGCGACCACUGUUGCUCUUUUCGACAGGCGGAACCACGCUGGGACUUUUGGUUAUAUGUGUGUAUUUUACAAUUUCCACCGAAAACGAUGCACCAUUCUUGGGCUGGAUGGCAUUCAUCGCAAUGUUGUUGGUUGUGGUAUCCUUCGGUAUGGGUUUGCUCGUUAUUCCUCCCAUUUAUGAUGCUGAAGUACUUCCGAUACCAAUUCGAGCAUAUACCAACGCUACCAGUACCAGUAUCUUUGGUUUGGCAUAUUUCAUGAAUAUGAAACUGUUUCAAAUCUUAACGGACAACGUUGGGGCUUACGUUCCUUUCGCAGGAUAUACCGUAGCUGGGUUGAUUACAGGUGUAUUGAUCUACAUUUACGUGCCAGAGACGAAGGGAAGGUCUUUGGAAGAAAUUGAGCACAUGAUUGCAAAGGGGCAGGUGAAAGCGGUCAAACGUGCGAGUGAUGUGGAACUGUUCAAUGGUUGA